UUUGAUUGUGAGAGCAAUGGUUCCAGAUUUAUUUACUACAAUGGAUGACAAAGAAAGACCUCAAUUUGGAAACCGAUUUCUUAACGACAACUCUAAAGUUUUUGAACAUAAUGCCUGGGAUAAUGUUAAAUGGAGUAAAGAACAAGAAGAAAGUGCGAUAAAGGUUGUUCAAGAAAAUAGUACUACAUAUGUUCCAGCUCAUUUACAAGAGAUGUACACUAACAAUGCCCAUGACUAUUGGAACAAUUUUUAUAUGCAGCAUAAUAACAGAUUUUUUAAAGAUCGACAUUGGUUGUUUACUGAGUUUCCAGAACUUGCUGCCAAAUCAACAUUAAUGUCAAAAAGGUCUUUACAACCUUGUGAUGAUGGUCAAGCUGGACAUUAUCCUGGUUCAACUGCAAAAAUGAAAAUAUUAGAGGUUGGCUGUGGUGCUGGUAAUACUCUAUUUCCCAUUCUUCAAAACAAUAAGUAUAGAAAGCAAACCAUUAGAGUUAUAAAUAAAAUUGUGUUUUUAUUUACGAGAAAUUGUUUGUGUAGUGACUGUGAAUUGUUCAUUUAUUGUUGCGAUUUUGCCAGUGUUGCUGUUGAUUUGGUGAAGGAUCAAGAGGAAUACAAAAAUGGUCGGUGUUACGCUUUUGUUUGUGAUAUAACCAAAGAAAAUGAUUUUCCAUUUCCACCUGAAUCCCUGGACAUUAUAUUAUUAGUAUUUGUUCUUUCAGCGAUAAGUCCUCUCAAGUUUCAACAGACAGUUGAGAGAUUAACAAAAUAUUUAAAGCCAGGAGGUUACGUUUUCUUUCGUGACUAUGGACGCUAUGAUAUGGCUCAGCUUCGCUUUAAGAAAGGAAAAUGUUUAGCUGACAAUUUUUAUGUACGUGGAGAUGGCACUCGGUGUUAUUUUUUCACACAAGAUGAAAUAAGGACACUUUUUACGAAAGAAGGUCUCGUCGAAGAGCAAAAUUAUGUUGAUAGACGUUUACAAGUUAACCGAGGACGUCAAAUUAAAAUGUACAGAAUUUGGCUUCAAGCAAAAUACAAGAAACCUAACCACUGAACGUUAAAGACUGGACUACGAUAUUCACAAGAUAUUUUUUAAAACUAUUUUGCAACAGUGAGACACUUGUAUGUGGGAAGCAGUAAGUACAGCGUUGGUGGUUUGUGGCCUUUCAACAGGUGUCUGUUACAACAUUUUUAUUUUUGUCUCUUAACGUACUGUGUAACAAAUCGUACUGGUCAUGGUACGUAUGUUAUGUUACUUGUACUUUGACCAUACAGUUUAUUUUCUAUUCUCCUGAUUACUCUUUCACUUUUCUUUCUCUUUUCCCUUUCUUUCCUUACUCAUUUUCUUGCUCGUCCUUUUCAAUUUCCAUUAUUUCGUCCAAGGUACGGUCUUUGUUUUCUGGCUUGGUGUUGUACCUAUCUUACACAUACUCAUAACUGUGCUCUUUGGCUAAACUCGUUACUUCAUACAAUUUUGUUGUCACUUUCUCGUUCGGUUAACAUCGGCUGCUUGAAACUCAAUCGACCAAUUUGCUUCUACUUCCUUUUAUGUACGUUUUUUCUGAGAAAUGUGCUACCUACAACCAUUUUUAUUGCUCUUGCAAUAUCUACUACCAUCUGUUCUACAUGUGUAUGGAGAAUAUCAGACCUGUCAUAUUUUCAUCACUAUCUCUGUUGCUUGCAACAACAUUCUUGCUAAUUGAUAGCUAAGGGCUAACCACAUCAUUUUCGUUAAAUAUGAUCUAGGUGAAUACGCUUGUAUUUUCUUCAUGAUGGUCAUCGUAAGUCUUAUUUUUAUUUAAUAUUUUUUUUUCUGAUAAAUGGUUAAAGCCUCGGUCACACCGCACCCAAUAACGAUCCGAUAACGAUGCGAAAAAAACAUCGCUCGUUAUUCAAACUCUUGUGUGCGGUGACAUUGCAGCAAUAACGAUAACGAUUUAUCGUUAGUAUGUGACCAUUGAAUUUCCUUAUAAUUUAUCGUUAUCGUCAAACAGUGUGACCGAGGCUUAAACGGCAUUAUACAAUACAAUAAAAAAUCGUUAGCCACUAGCGAGACUUGUGUGGCGAAGUGGUCCUACCAGGUCGUUAAAGCAUUUAUUAACAUCAGUAACUAAGAAGAUGGAAGAACUAUGUUGCAUUUGCUUUUGAUGGAUUUUCUUUAGUUUAUUUCUUCAAUUUAAUGUUCGUACGAAAGCAAAACGAUGCCACUGAACUUCAUUUGCACUCGAAUAAAUUUUCUCAACUGUGA